AUGAUUAGCAGAGUUGCUGUAAUUUGGGUACUUUUAGAAGUAUUAAUUGCUAAAUCCCAUUUAAUUAAUAUUCAAUUUUUGACUUAGAUUGAUAUAGAAUCAUAUGGAUGUGACCAUACUAAGUUAAUAGAAGCCGAGGAAGGUUUCAUUCAAUUAAAUUAGACUCUCCAGUAUAUUUAGAAUGGAUAAAUAGGGGAACAUAUUAAUGAAUUGAGAGAAUUAUAAGUUUUAGUCAGAAGGGAAUUAGAGGAGUAGAAUUUUUAAACAUUUGUUUAUUUAGAGAAUUUUCAAUACUCUUACCUACUUAAACAAAAAUCUGACAUUUUGGGACGUAUCAAAAUCACAGAAAAAUUGAUAAGCCAUCAAUUUGAGGAUAUCAGGUUUCUACUAAAUUAAAUAAUUAAGACUUUGGAUAAGCAAGAGAGGAUAAAAAGUUGCGAGAUCCUAUCAAAUAAAAUAAAAACUUUGUUAGAAUAACUUGUUGAAAUAUAGGGUGAACAUAAAAAUCUUAUUGAUAUAAAUUAUGAAGAAGUAAUCAGUAAAAUCUAAAGAAUUAAAAAUAAAUGUGAUAAUGAUCUCUCGAAUCACUUUUAAUAAAGCAAAUUAGAAUAAACUCAAUUAAAAGACAUUUUUAUAGAAUUUCCAGAAUAGAUUUAAGUAGAAAAAACAUCUUCUUAGAGAGAUGUUAUCAAUAAUAUCAACUUAAUUGAUCUUAAGUAAGAAUAAACGGUGAGCAAAAGUUGUGUAAGUGGAGAAUCCUCCAUUGUAGAUAUGUCUUCAAGCUAGACUUCAGUUUUGGAUCUAAAAGUUGGAGAUGAUAAAAUAAGAGGAGCGAAUGAAUAUGGAUAUGGUUAUUGGAUUCGGUGGCUGACGAGAUGGCCCCAAAAGUAAAUGAAAGGGAUAAGUGAACCAUGGUAUUUUAUCUCAAGAUUAACUAAAAAUGAUCCUUAUGAUAAUAUAAAUAUGGGGGAUAGAAUAUUGGCUAUAUGGUUAGGGUAAGCUGGAUAUACAUUUGUUACAAAUGAUAUAACAUCCAAAAAUCCUAAUUUGUAAAUCACAUUGCCUUAUGAAGACAUUGAAGGAGUGUGGACAUAUAUUCAUUUUAGUUAUAAAUAAGGUUAAGCAGUUGGAAUAAUGAAAAUUGAAGAUAAUACUAAAAUAGUUGUUCUUGAUGCCAUGCAUGAAUAACCUAAUUUCUUAAGAUUGAUUAUUGGUGGUUCAAAUCUGAAUUAGUACCCAGGAUUCAAUGGGUAGAUCUCAUCGCCUAUUUUCAAGAUAGGUGCUGGAUCCUUUGUGAAUACAGAAGAUGAAUUUAAUAAAUUUGUAAUGGCUUGUAACCAUAGACCAGAACCUGAUUGUAGAGAUAAAAAUGAAAUCAUGUAAUUAAGUUAAGGAAUCAAGAAAUACGAUUCUUCUUAAUAAGAAUUCUAUGAACACUUUGAUAAUUAAAGGAAGGAGUUUCCAACCUUAUAUGGGAUAGGAGGUUGGUACAAAUGGGUAGAAAUAGUUUAAGAACCUGAGCACUUAGCAUUUAGAAUUACAAUUAACGAUCAGGAAACAAAUAAAAAUUUGGAAUUAGGGGAUAGAACACUUGCUGUUUAGUUAAGUGAAAAAUAGUUAUAUACUUUCUCUACAUAUUCUUAUUAAAAUAUGUUUGGAGUUGGGUAGUCAAAUAUUGUUAAAAAUAUAGAUCAUAAGAAUAAGCAUAUUCAAUGGCAUUAUAUUUCAUUUUAAUAUAAUAGAGAGACUCGUUAAGCUUAUGGUUCUAUUAUUUUCAAGGAUGAUAAAUUGGAUCUUAAAUUUGAAAAUGUUAAUCAUUAUUUAGUUCCAGUUUUUAGAAUCUUUAUUGGUAAGGAUAAAUUCUAUCCAGCAUUUAAUGGAUAUAUUGCAGACCUAAAUUACGUCACAUGCUAAGAUCUAUAUAAUUCACAAUUCCAUCCAUCAUAUACUCCUGAAUCAGCCAAUCUUCUCAAAUUCCCUAUAUAAAUUCCUGAGUUAAGCUCUGAGUAUCAUUGUUAAAUAUCUGAUGAAACUAUUUUUGAUUCAGCAUAUGACGAUAUAUAAUCGAUUGCAAAAGUUGAAAUAACAGAAAAUCUAAUCGAAGGAUAUGGAUAUUCAUUUUGGUUAAGAUAUCUUACGAGGUAUCCAAAACCAAUGUAUUAAGGAAAGACAGAGCCAUGGUAUUUUGUGAGUAGAUUAACAAACAAUUUAAAAUAUUAGGAUACAGAAAAAGGAGAUAGAUUAUUAGGGAUUUGGCAAGGCUAAGGAUUUUAUGCAUUCUUUACUGAUGAUUAUAAAGACACCAAUUAGAAUCUAAAUGAGUAAAUUAAAUAUGAUGAUAUUGAAGGGGUUUGGACAUAUUUUCAUUUUAGUUACAGCAGUACUAUCAACAAAGCUGUUGGUUUUGUAAAAUAUUCUGACUAAGAACCUUAAUCUGUUGCAUUUAAUGCAGAUCAUCAAACCAUCAUCUAUUUAAAACUUAUUAUUGGAGGUUCUGAUCUUUCUAAAUAUCCAGCUAUCAAUGGGUAAUUCACUAAAGCUACAUUUAAAAUAGGAUCUGCUGCUUUUAUUGAUACAACAGAUUAAUUAAAUUAGUACUCUUUAGAAUGUAAUCCAUAACCAUAAGAAUGUUGUGAUUAAUAUUUACAGCAAAUUUUCAUAUAAGAUACAUAGAAGUUUCAAGAAUAAAGGGAUCUUUUACCAGAAAUGCAGUCUAAUUCUUUAGAUAAAUUUCCAAAUGAAUAUAGCGUUUUCGGAUGGUUUAAAUGGGAACCCACAAAAAUGGACUAAUGGCAUUUAGCAUUUCGUUUACAUAUUAAUAAAGGUGAAACAAACAAAAAUGAUCAAAUCUUAGGUGAUAGAACUUUAGCUGCUUGGGUCUCACCUUCAUAGGAUGGUAUCUAUGCGUUUUCUACCUACAGUUAUUAAGGUUUAAACGGGAAUGGAGAACCAAAUAUUGUUCAGAUAAUUCCUUAAGAUUAACAAGAAACAAAAUGGCAUUUUAUUUUCUUUUCAUAUAACAGAGUAACAAGAAUUGCAGAAGGAUAUAUAAAAUUUUAGAAUAAAUAAGAAUCAAUUCAUUUUGAUAAGAUUAACCAUUUUUUAGUGCCUUAGUUUUAUUUGAAUGUUGGUUAAGAUCGUUUCUACAAAUCUUGGAAUGGCUAUAUUGGCAAAUUCACUAUGAAUCUCUGUGCUGAAGCAUCAAAACAUAAAUCAGAUCAAGGUAUUUUAAUUCCAAAUUUUAUAGACUAUAUCAGUCCCCCAACAAUCAAUCCAUUUCCAAAUUUCUAUGUUACUGAAACUAUAGAAACAUGUCUAAUUAACACAAAAGUUGUUGAAAUUACCUAAGAGAACCUAAGAAGUGUAAUUAACGCUAUUUAAGAGGAGGAGACUUAAGAAAAAGUAUGUUUCUGUUCUUUGAUGGCUGAUUGAAAACAUUAAUAAUUAAGGAUUAAUGUUUAAUUAUAUUUUUUCUUAA